AUGAGCAGUGACAGUGACAAGUACUCCAUGUACAACAACGACAGUGACGAGUAUUACAUGUACAACACCAACAUGGCAGAGGCAGAGCCGUGUGACUCCCAAAAGGCAGACGAUGUCUACGGUUACAUCAGCGUCUACGUGUAUUCCAUCAUCGUCGUGGUGGGUUUGCUAGGCAACCUGCUGGUCAUCGUCACGUACGCCUUCUACAAAAAGACCAAGUCCAUGACAGACGUGUACCUGCUGAAUGUCGCAGUGGCUGACGUCUUCUUCGUUGUGGUGUUGCCUCUUAUCGUCUUCAACGAGCAGCAUGAUUGGUCAAUGGGACACGGUGCCUGCAAGUUCUUGCGAGGUGCCUACAGCAUCAAUCUAUACAGUGGGCUGCUGCUACUGGGCUGUAUCAGUGGUGACCGCUACCUUGCUAUUGUCUGCGCUAACCGCUCACGAUACCUGCGCUCUCGCACACUGGUUUACAGCCAUGCUAUUUGUUUGGUUGUCUGGGUGACGGCUAUUCUACUCUCCCUGCCCACAUUCAUGUAUUCGGAUCUGUACCAAAGCAACCAUACUACAUUUAUGUUCCCAGAGAUUGAGAGCAACAGCACAGAGCAGACUCCUAUCAACCAAACCACUAACAGUCCAGAUGACUAUGGAUGGUACCUUGAUUAUGAAGAGUCUGAGGCAAAAGAACCAGUCUUGUGCAUCCCUGUGUUUGACAAAGACAACGCUGACACCAUGAAGGUUGUUGUUCCAAGUCUGCAGAUGGCGAUCGGCUUCUUGCUGCCCCUGGUGGCCAUGGCCUUCUGCUACACCUCCAUCAUCCUGACCCUGCUGAAGGCCCGCAACUUCCAGCGGCACAAGGCGGUGCGGGUGGUGCUCUCGGUAGUGCUGGUCUUCAUCCUCUGUCACCUGCCAUAUAACCUCAUGCUUCUGGUGGACACCGUCACCCUGAAGGAACAGAGGUUGUGUGCUGCCGAGAAUGCCGGUAAGAUAGGGCUGCACGUCACGCAGACGCUGGCUUUCCUGCACUGCUGUCUUAAUCCUUUCCUGUAUGCGUUCGUGGGCGUACGGUUCCGCAGCCACUUCCAGAAGGUUCUGCGGGACCUGUGGUGCGUGAGCAAGGGUUACGUUGGGGCGCGGCGCCAGUCUUCCAGGCUCACUUCUGAGGUCUGCCUGUCGACCCGCAAGUCAAUCGACGGCUCCAACACGGACCACGGGACCUCCUUCACAAUGUGA